AUGCACUCAAAGAAUUUGGCAAUGGGAAUAAUAUUCUUCUCACAAAGUAUAGUUGGAAUUCUGGGAAAUAUAUCUCUUCUUUCUCACUAUUUAGGUCUUUACUAUAAUGAACGUAGACAGAAGCCUGUAGAUUUGAUCCUCACCCAUCUGUUCACUGCCAACUGCUUGAUCAUUCUUUCUAAAGGGGUGCCCCACACAAUGGUAGCUUUUGGGAUGAAACUGUUCUUCAAUGAGUUUGUGUGUGAACUGUUUUUAUAUAUUCAGAGACUUGGCAGAAUCAUGUCCAUGGGAACUACCUGCCUCUUGAGUAUCUAUCAGGCCAUCACAAUCAGUCCCAAGAACUCCUUUUGGAAGAAUCUUGAAUUCAAUUCAUCAAACUACAUUGCCUUCUCUAUUUCCCUUGGCUGGGUCCUAUACACCACUAUAAAUUUCAUUUUCCCUGUGCUUGUGCAUAUCAAAUCGAGUCACAAAAAUACAACAGAGAAAAGAGAUUUUGCAUUUUGCUUCACUUGGGGUCAUGAUGAAAUUGCAGAAUCACUGUACACAGCAUUGUUUGUUUUCCCUGAAUUCUUGUUUUCUGUUAUCAUCAUCUGGUCCAGCGGCUCCAUGAUUGUCAUUCUUUACAGACACAAGCAGAACACUCAACACAUCCGGAGUACUCAACAUUCCCGAAGAACCUCCCCUGAGUUUAGAGCCACCCAGAGCAUCCUCAUUCUGGUGUCCUCUUAUGUAGUUUUUUAUACCCUCUCUUCCAUAUUACAAGGUUUCAUCGCAGUUUUAUAUAGACCCAGUUGGUGGUUGGUAAACAUCACAGCCAUUGUUUCUGUGUGUUUUCCCACUUUGGGUCCUUUUGUUGUGAGUCGUGACUUCAUUGUACUCAAAUUCUGCUUACUUUGUAUAAAUAAUAUUAAAAAAAGAGUAAUUUGUUUAUAG